AUGGUGGAUUUAGAUUCUCCAGAGCACCAUGUAGCCAAAUGUGAUCACCCUCUUUUUAAUUCUUGUCUUAUAUAUGGUUCUUGCAAUGGCUUAAUCGCGUUGUAUCAUUCUCAAGAAGGAAUGUUUCUGUGGAAUCCAUCUACCCGAAAACUACGUUAUGAAAUGCGUAGCGGUAGUGAUUAUGUUCUCGAUGGAUUCGGUUAUGAUCCUGUCAGCGACGAUUACAAGUUCGUCAGGAUCCGGGGACUCGCCAGCCAGGGUAGAAAACGAUCCGGAGGUAUGGUUUAUAGUGUAAAACACAAUUCUUGUAGAAGGAUUAAGGAGUUCCCUUAUAAGUGUAAUAAUCAUAGAGAUUGCGGUACUCUUGUUGGUUCUUGUUUGCACUGGAUUGUUUCAGAACCAGAUGAUGAUGAUAAGCUGAUCGUUGCUUUCAAUCUGGAAGACGAAAGAUGCAGAGCGCUGCCGAUUCCUGGCGGAUUACAGAAUCAUAUAUAUUGGGAGCUGAAAUUAGCGGAAGUAGGAGGAUGCCUUACUUUAAUUGUGGAUUCGGAUUAUGAGGAGAUUUGGGUGAUGAAGGAAUACGGAAAGAAGGAAGCGUGGAUUAAAAUAUCAUCGAUACGCAAUAGGUUAUUACGGCCAAUUGGAUAUUCGAAAACCGGCGAUAAACUCUUAUUGUAUGGCCCUGGUGGAUUUCUAUGGGAGUAUGACCUACAAGAGGAGGAGGACCAAAUAUCUCAGAAUCACUUCUCCAAUUUCAACCAACCACCACCAAAUGUGUCCGAUAAACGUUUUCGGAGGAUUAAGAUAUUAGGAGCUGCUGUCCUCCUCUGUCAAUUUUCAGUUAACUGUGUAAAAAGCCUUGUUCCGGUCCAUGUUUGA